AUGACUGAAACAAACCAAACUGCAAUUCCAGUUGUUGAACCUAAAGGUUCUGUUGCAACUGUGAAUGAUGCUGUGGAUAAUCCAAUUGUCAUCCCAUCUGAAGAUGUUAUUCUUAUACCACCAAACCAAACAAAAAUGCCAGUUGUUGAACCAUCACAUACUGUUGAAACUGUGAAUGAAAAUGCAGUUGACAAUUCGGUGGUGAAUCCAUCUAAAGAUGUCAUUGCUACACCACCAAAUAAUGUUGGUGCUACAGUUCUCAAAGUGAUGACACUUUGGGAGGUUCCAGAAGUAUCCAAAAAAAACAAAGUGAAGUCUAUUGAGAUGUGUUUGAUUGAUGCUCAGGGUAGCAAAAUUCAAGCAACCAUCCCUGGAAGAACUGUGAAAGAUUUUGCAAAUUCUUUCAAAGAAGGUUGUGUUAGAAGAUUAUCAAGAUUUGACAGUUGUCUCAACAUUAGUGGGGGAUUCAGGUGUGCUAAGCACGAAUACAAAAUUGUGUUCAUGUCAAACACAAAUGUUGAAACUACAUUUGAUUUUGACAUCCCAGAUCAAGUUUUUGAGUUCACACCAUUGGCAAAAGUUACAAACUUUGUGGCCAACUUUGAUUAUUGUGUGGGUCACAUCAUGGCUUACAGCGAUCCAAUUAUUGAAAAUGGAAAGAAGAGGAUUUCAGUAGAGCUUGAAGAUGUAAGAAGUAGUGCGAAUGAAAUGAAAGCUGCAAGUAUCCAUAAAAUUUCAAUGUUGUCAUUCAUUUCUGGAUACACAUCUUAUGAAGAUUCCAUAAAUGGAGCAAAACUUUUGUCAUUGGGUGACAUAGAUGAUCUUGAUGAGGCAGGGUAUGUUGUGAUUUUUGGCAAGAUCACAGGCUUAGCAAAAGAGUAUGAAUGGUCAUACAUUGGGUGCAGAGAUUGCAACAAGAAGGUGGAGGAAAUUGAAAAAGAAAAAGGUAGAUGUAUUUUACCAUCAGCAAAAGGAAGAAAUACCAGUGACAACAAGAAAUUUGGGCUUGAGAAAAAAUGGUUUUAUGGUAAUCAUGGCCCUAUGUCUGCUGUUGGUCCAAAGUUCAAGUUACAGGUGUAUGCAAUGGAUGCUACUGGAAGUAGAAUUUUGACCCUUUGGGACAGGAUGAUGUACAAUUUUAUCUAUAAGACUGCAGAAAAACUCCGUGAACAGGCCGGAAAAGAUUACCCUAAAAUACUAGAUGAGAUUGUUGGCAAGAAAUGUCUGUUCAGGUUGGAUAUCUCUAAAUACAAUAUCAGGAAUAGUAGUAGUGAGAUUUCUGUUGCUAGGCUUACUACUGAUGCGGAAAUGAUUAAGAAGUACAUUGAUGAUGUUUUUGAAGAUCAGACUGCAGUAUCUUGCACUGGAGAUACAGAGAUAGGGAAUUUGGGCGACGACAUGGCUGACAGUCCUCCUCCAAAAACAAAAGUGCAGGAAGUUGCGGUGAAGAGAGUGUCAAAUCCAAUCCCAACAAACAUCAUACCAGAAUUCUAUAGUAACUUAUUGAUGGAAGACCAUGUUGUGAACAAUGAAGAUUCUUCAUACUGGUCAAUUGAUUAUGGUGAUUACACCUGUACAAUUGACAUAACUUAUAUGGAAGGAGAUGAUGACAAUAGAAUUGUACUUACUGGUACAGAGUGGAAGAAACUGUUAGAAGACCAUCAUGACAAAUUACAAGAAUGUGAACUCACAGUUCUUAAAUAUGAUGGGAAUAUGCGUUUUACAAUGCACUUUUUCAAAGCUAAUGGAGUGGAGAUUGAGGAUCCUAUAACAAUCAUAGAAGAAUACCGUUUUAAGAUAGAGAUUGGUGAUAACCAUUGCAAAAAAAGAGCAAUUACUGUUCCUGUACAUUUUUAUAGACGUCACAAGAAAACUGUCUUCAAAAGGACAGCAGUUAUACAUACUACUGCAGGACCCUACACAAUGAAGUUCCAAAAAUCAUAUGAUCAAAGGUACAUUGGAAAGAGGGUUUGCCAGUUGAAAAUUUCGGAGGAGUGGAUGCAAUUGCUCAAUGAGAAUUCUAUUGCAAGUGGAAGUCAAUGCGAAUGCCAUUUGGACAAGGAUAGUGUCCAACCAAGGAAAAAUGAUAUUGAUUUCCAAUUCACUCUAUGCAAUAAGUCAUUCAAAAAUGUUACUUUUCUGGUAUUGAUGCCUUCAAAUCAAACUACAGCAAAGAGUGUUGAUUUGAAGCGCAAUCAAUGGGAGUUCAUGAUCAUGAAGGAAAAUAAUGAACCAGUAGGUGAAGUUGACACAGCGGAUUAUCUAUGCAGGAACGGUGAUCAGAACACAUUUUCUGCAGUCAAGACUGAAACUGUAAUCCAGUACAGCGGAUUGGAUAUAACCUGGCAUAUAGUACGACGAUUCAAGUUAGAUGACUACACAAAUGCUAUUUUAUACUAUGAUGGAGUUCCAGUAAUUAACAUGCAUCGAAUUGUGACUAAUGACAAUCCACAUCGGUUUGUUAUUGAAGGUGAUACAAAGUACACUAUGGAUUUGAAGAAAAUACCUUUAGAAAAUAUCAUAAUGUCACGCAGAAAAAUUAAGCAAACUGUGGUGAUUCCUACAGUUCAAAUCAAUGAUGCUGUGACUGCUAAGAAUGCAAGAUUUACCAGGAAACAGUUUUUGAAAGGUCAAUUAGAUGGAGGCAUGCAUUCAGAUACGGUACAGCUUUCUAUGCAUUCGAUCAGAACGAAUAAGAAGUUGAAACAUGAAUAUCAUGAUUUGGGAGAUCCAAUUUAUGUAUGUGAAUUUUGUGGCGCUAAUAUGUGGUACGAAGGAAAAAUCUUUUUUCAAUCUCUUCGAAACACACUGUGGGCGAGAACACCCACACUGUGUGUGACGAAUCUUCGACUUUGUGGCAUAAAAAAUGCCUAUGAAAAUAGGAAAAAUGAAGAAGGGAAAGAAGUUCAAAGGGUAGUAGAUCUACCAUCAGAGGAGGCGAGGAGUCCAGCGACAGGCAGUAAUUCAUCGGGAAAGUGUUCGAUUGCUACAAAAAAUGUUAGAAACCCUAAUUUGAAUGGGUCAAUUGUUUCAAAUCCUGUCAAUUACCUUGAACAUCUGAGUAAGAAUAGGGUUAUGGAAGUAGGAGAAUGUUCGGAGAGUGUAGGUUUGGAAGAUAGGUUUAAAAAUCUGGGGAAAAUGGGUACUGAGGAGAAUAAUGUUUGGAAAAACCUUGAUUUGAAUAAAUUCAAAGGGGAAGAGAAGAAAUUGGAUUUCAUAGAGCCUACGAUUUGUAGGGUCCCAAAGCAGACAUCAUGGUUGCAAAAAGAGGAUGUGACUACUGAAAAGAAGGCAGCAGUAGAGGAGAAGAGUAUGAGAAAGACUGAGACAAAUGAGAGAAAAGGGGAGGUACAAGUUACUAGCCAAGGAAUUUUGGAAACUAAGUUGAAUGGGGAAAAAGUUGAAGAACUAAUGCAAAGGAAGCUGGCUGGGUAUGGUUAUGUUAGUAAUCAUAAUGGGACAAAAAAAGGGCGUAUAUUAGUGGUGUGGAGGAAACAAGAAUUUCAGGUUACCAUUGUAAGAGUGCAAAAACAGUGGAUUCAAUGUCUUGUGAAAGCUGGCAAUUUCCAAGAGUGUGAAAUCACAGUAGUCUAUGCAGAGCAUAUGCCUAGAGGAAGAAAAGAGUUGUGGAAGGAGAUUAAAGACCUUCAAAAAAUAGAGGUGGUUCAAAAAGAAUGGAGUAUGAUAGUAGAAGGCAGCAAGAAGUUCAAAGUAGUAACUAAACAGAAAAAGCUGAAGAAAGGUUUGAAAGAAUUGAAUCAGAAGUUCUUUGCAAAGAUUGAGGAACAGGUGCAGGAAAUAAAAUUGCAACUGGAUACAGUACAAGAGAAGAUGGUGAAGGAUCCAAACAACAACAGUUAUCAACAAAUGGGAAAGGAGUUGACAACAGCAUAUAUAGAGAAGAGCAAAGCUGCCAUAAGCAUGUGGAACCAGAAGCUGAAAGAAAGAUGGAAUCACGAAGGGCACUACAACAGUAAGUACUUUCAUUCUAGUAUUAAGCAGAAGCAUGCUCAUAGUAGAAUUAGAUCUUUUAUUGAUUGUAAUGGACUGUUAGUAGAGGAAUGGGAUAGAGUUGAGCAACACUUUCUAGAUUACUAUGUAAAUUUGUUGGGGAAAAUGCAAGGAGAGAAUCUUAGCUAA